CUGUCAGCCCAGACGCCAGGGUGCCCGCUGCCCUCCAGGCUCGCGAGGUCCUAGGAAGGAGGCAUCUGUCCAGCUGGGGCUGCCAAUCCUUAUGGCCUGCUGCUUGGAGUCUGCGCUGCUGCUAAUGCUGCUGCUGCUGCUGGGUGAGAGCCUGUCCCCGCCUUGGUCCUCAGGGACAAGGUGGGAUUUCAGGAGAGUGGUUAAAGGAAAAGGUGGAAUCCUGGAAGGGGUGCAUGAACAUGGCUUGUGCUCUGUGGCCAGGGACCCCUAACACGCUGCCCUGCCGUACAAUGCCUUGAACCCCAGCUUCAGGUUCAGCUGGGCCGCCCCCUCCCGAGUCUAGCCUUGAUACCUGUGCACCGGGAACUUUCUUUUUCCUUUCCUCUCUCCCCUCCCAAACGUGGUCGUCAGAGUUCCUGCUGUGGGAAGUGUCACGGUGAUCCACCGUGACUCUUCUGUGCCUCAGAGCUGAUCCUGUACCUCCCGGGACUGCUCCUUCUCCACCGGGGCAUCACGGGAAGGAGUUACUUUCUGAGGUGUGGUGUGGAGAAUGGAUACUGGUAAGCUUUAAGGCCGAGGAGACCUUCGAGCUGAGGUGUGCCAUGUUGAGUGGAGCGCAUUUAAGGGGGAUGGAUGAGAGGCCAGGCUGGGCAGUUUUAGAGCCUGGGGUGCCAGAGAGGCCGGUCUUAGCAAGAGAAUGGGAAAAGGAAGGGCCAUUAGCCUGAGUCCGGUGACUGGGGUCUUGGAAAAGUGUUCGGCAGACGGCCUGACUUGGCUGGAUUUAGGUAUGUCCAGUGGCAAGUUUGGACACAGCCGCCAGGUCUACCAACUUCUGAUACGAAGUGUCCGGCAUCCCCACCCCCACCCCCCAGUACGUUGUCAUCUGUCACUUACCUGUAUCUUCACUGAAACUGCUGAUGAACGUCCAGGUCUGUGUCUCAGGAAGAAGCCCUAUGCAUGGCCUGCCAUCAGGUGCCUGUCGGAAUAUACAUCUGGAAACCCAGGCCUGAAUAUGCUCAACACACAGCACCUACCCUUCCAGUGAAUCCAACGCCCAGGACCCCCUUUUGCCAGUCCAGAACCAGAGUUCAGGUGGGGCAGGAUAGGUUAGAGUCAGACCCACGAAGAAGCACCUGGCCCAGGGGGCAGGAGGUACAGGUCAGGAUAGAAGGAGGACCAGAAAGCUGCAGAUUCACCCAAGGGAUUUCCACGUGUCAGAGAAGGAAACAUCAGUGUGUCAAAAGGAGGAUGAGGGGCGCCAUUUCCAAAGUCUCCAUUAGCUGGAUCAGUCCGCCUCAGUGUCCUGACAGGUGGAGCUGGGGAGGAUGCCAGGAGCCCAGCAGAUCCUCUUGUGGAAGCAUGUGGCCGUUCUGGAGGUGGUGGUGGAGGCUGGACCUCAGAUUCUGGGGAAAGGUCCUCCCAGUGUCGCAUCCACUCACAACCUGGGUAUACCUAUCCCUAGGACCUGCGCAUGCCCCUUCCUGGGGAUGAAGUCCAGUCAGCACCUAUAGGUCACGCCUAGGGGCCACACUCUCCCCUUGGGUUCGGGCACUCCCAAAUUCCGCGUAGUGCGGGAUGGGGAGAACCAAGCACGGAGGACUGCAGCCUGCCCGUCCCUCACCAGGGUCUGCGAGCUCCACGGGCGGGAACCGCUGCGUGGACGCGGCCGAGGCGUGCACAGCAGACGCGCAGUGCCAGCAGCUGCGCUCCGAGUACGUGGCCCGAUGCCUGGGCCGCCCGGCGCCGGGGGACCGGACCCCGAGCGGGCGGUCAGGGCGAACUCGGGGAGCCCACCACACGCCCUGGGGUCCCCUUGCAGGCACCGCGGUCACCCCCAACUACCUGGACAACGUGAGCGCGCGCGUCGCGCCCUGGUGCGGCUGCGGGGACAGCGGAAACCGGUUGGAAGAGUGCGAAGCCUUCCGCCAGCUCUUUACAAGGAACCCCUGCUUGGAUGGUGCCAUGCAAGCCUUUAACACCUUGUGGCCCUCGAUUCUGCAGGACGGGCUGAACCCCUACCAGAACACUGGGCAUCAUUGCCCACAGGUGUCCCUGCUGUCCAUACUCACUGCCUUGGCUCUCCAGGCCCUGCUCUGAUGAGGAAGUCGGACCAUGGGCAACACAGCUGACCGCCAUGUCUCAGGCCUACUGCUCACUGGAAUGAAACUUCCUUGUCCUCGGGUCUCAUACACCUGUGUGCCUGUCCCCCCGGGUGGAGGGCUGGAGGCUAGUGUCCGACUGAAAAGCCCCUGGUUCCUGCCAGGAGGUGUCCUGGCUCUUUUCUUCUCCAUCCUUGAGAUGGUCACCUGUAGAUGAGGCCUCACUGGACCCCCGGCGCUCAGAGAGCCGGGCAGAGACUACCCCCACUCCUAGAAUUUGGAACUGCCCUCUUCCGAGCAGACAAGGCACUCAGGAGAUCACAUGGACAGACCGACAGGCAAGACUCCUUCCAGUUAGCACUGCAACCUGAAUACCCUCCCAGGCAGCCAUUACUCACCGCUAAACCCUACCCGUGCCCCAGGACUAGCAAUGGCAUAUGACAAGCUGCCGUGUGGGCAUUAAAAGGGGAGACUCAGGCCCCUCCCACUUGGCCUCCACUGGCUGCACAGCCUCGCCCCCUAUGGUUCCCCCAGCACAGCAGCUCAAUAAACCCAUGUGCACUGAGACCAACCUUGUCCUGUCAUCUGUCCUG